CCGCGUCCCCAGCUCCCGGCGACCGGGGCUCCGACGGCACCCUCCCUCGUCCGUCCCUCCCCCUGCCUGGCCCGGGCCCCCUGCGAUCGCCCCCCGCUGGCGGGGCUCGCGAGCGAGGGGAGCCGGGCGCUCCGCGUGGCUGCGGCUCGAGUUAAUAAACAGUUAAGUUUGGAAGACUCAGCAGACACGUUGAGGGGGAGUUACCAAGCCCAGGCAGCAAAAACAUCCCGGCGCAUUCCUGGGGAGUCCUCGGCUGCCAGCAUCUGAUUAGAACCAUAUCUCGCCGGGAGUGGCCGCGCGGCUCCGAGGCUCCCGGGCCGGCGGCUAUUUAAGCGCGGCCCGCCGUGUCGGCUGCGCGGCAGCCCGGAGGCUCGGCAGCUGGAGGGAAGUCAUGCUCGCUUCGCGGAGGCGCUAGCUAGCCGUGUCUGUAGUAGGUUAUGUUCAUUUGAGACUUCGGGGAUCGUCGGGUGUCACUCCGUGUCUGCUGGUGCUGGAGUUCGCUGUCUGCCUUCCUGCCAUGUCGAACGAAGUAGAGACGAGCACAACGAACGGUCAGCCUGACCAACAGGCUGCACCAAAAGCACCAUCAAAGAAGGAAAAAAAGAAAGGCUCUGAAAAGACGGAUGAGUAUCUUUUGGCCAGAUUCAAAGGUGAUGGUGUAAAAUACAAGGCCAAACUAAUUGGCAUCGAUGAUGUACCCGAUGCAAGAGGGGAUAAAAUGAGCCAAGAUUCUAUGAUGAAGCUAAAGGGAAUGGCUGCAGCUGGUCGGUCUCAGGGACAACACAAACAGAGGAUCUGGGUCAACAUUUCCCUUUCUGGAAUAAAAAUAAUUGAUGAGAAAACUGGGGUAAUAGAGCAUGAACAUCCAGUAAAUAAGAUUUCUUUCAUUGCCCGUGAUGUAACAGACAACCGGGCAUUUGGCUACGUGUGUGGAGGAGAAGGCCAGCAUCAGUUUUUUGCCAUAAAAACAGGGCAACAGGCUGAGCCAUUAGUCAUUGAUCUUAAAGACCUCUUUCAAGUUAUCUAUAAUGUAAAGAAAAAGGAAGAAGAAAAGAAAAAGAUGGAGGAAGCCAACAAAGCAGUGGAGAAUGGGAAUGAGACCCUAUUGACCCUUGAUGACCAAGCUAACAAACUGAAAUUGGGUGUUGACCAGAUGGAUUUGUUUGGGGACAUGUCUACACCUCCUGACCUAAAUAGUCCAACAGAAAGCAAAGAUAUCCUGUUAGUGGAUCUAAACUCUGAAAUCGACACCAAUCAGAAUUCUUUAAGAGAAAAUCCAUUCUUAACAAAUGGCAUUACCUCCUGCUCUCUUCCUCGACCAAAGCCUCAGGCAUCUUUCUUGCCUGAAAACGCCUUUUCUGCCAAUCUCAACUUCUUUCCCACCCCUAAUCCUGAUCCUUUCCGUGACGAUCCUUUUGCACAGCCAGACCAAUCGACACCCUCUUCGUUUGAUUCUCUCAAAUCUUCAGAUCAGAAGAAAGAGAAUUUGAGUAGCUUGUCUACUCCACUGAGUAACGGGCCCCUGAAUGGGGAUGUUGAUUACUUUGGUCAACAGUUUGACCAAAUCUCUAACCGGACUGGCAAACAGGAAGCUCAGGCAGGCCCAUGGCCCUUUUCAAGUACGCAAACACAGCCAACGGUGAGAACUCAAAAUGGGGUAUCUGAAAGAGAACAGAACGGCUUCCAUAUCAAAUCCUCCCCGAAUCCUUUUGUGGGAAGCCCUCCCAAAGGACUGUCUGUACCGAAUGGCGUAAAGCAGGACUUGGAAAGCUCUGUCCAGUCCUCACCACAUGACUCCAUAGCCAUUAUCCCACCUCCACAAAGUACCAAACCAGGAAGAGGCAGAAGGACUGCUAAGUCUCCAGCAAAAGACUUGCUUGCAUCAGACAUCUUUACCCCUCCCAUCUCAGAACCUCCGGGCCAGACAUCACCUACAGGACCAUCUGCAACCCUACAGACCAACCCUCUGGAUCUCUUCAAAACAAAUGCUUCUGCCCCAGUGGGACCCCUUGCAGGUCUAGGUGGUAUACCAGUUAGCCCCCCUCAGGCAGGCCCAUGGAACCCAACAUCUUUAGUCUUCAAUCAGUCCACUUCAGUGGUCCCAGGAGCCAUGAUAAGUGGUCAGCCUUCAGGAUUCGGUCAGCCAGUAGUUUUUACCACAAGCCCAGCUGUUCCAGGUUGGAACCAGCCUUCAUCCUUUGCAGCCUCAACUUCUCCUCCAGCCCCUGUUGUUUGGGGCCCAUCAGCAUCUGUGGCACCCAAUACUUGGUCCUCAACAAGCCCUUUGGGGAACCCUUUCCAGAGCAAUAUUUUUCCAGCUUCUGCUGUGUCUACCCAGUCCCCUUCUAUGCUCUCCUCUCUUCUGGUCACUCCUCCUCAACCACCUCCCAGAACUGGUCCUCCGAAGGACAUCUCCAGUGAUGCCUUCACUGCCUUGGACCCACUUGGGGAUAAAGAAGUCAAAGAAGUGAAAGAAAUGUUUAAGGACUUCCAACUGCGGCAGCCACCUGCUGUGCCUGCAAGGAAGGGAGAGCAGACUUCCUCUGGGACUUCAAGUGCCUUCUCCAGUUAUUUCAACAGCAAAGUUGGCAUUCCUCAGGAGAAUGCAGACCAUGAUGACUUUGAUGCUAAUCAGCUGUUGAAAAGGAUCAAUGAACCACCAAAGCCAGCUCCCAGACAAGGUUCCCUGCCAGUUACCAAAUCUGCUGACAACGCAUUUGAGAACCCUUUCUCUAAAGAUCCUUUCAGUUCAUCCCAAGCCUCUAUGGCUCCUCAACCCACAUCUUCUGAUGUAUAUAGGGAUCCUUUCGGAAAUCCUUUUGCCUAACUUCUGAACUUGAUAUGCUGACUGUCCAGAGGAACAAAAAGUAAUCGCUAAAUCCCAUAACUAGAAGUGCAAAUGGACACAACCUUUACCCUUUCUGUGGAAUAGGAGGCCAUCCUCUCGAGCUGAAGCUCCAGAAGAGCAGUUCACAUUGAAACAAAUGAAAGAAAAACUGAAGAAAAACUGAACUCAACUCAGCAAUGAAGGACUGUAUUCUGAAGAGCCAACACAUCAGAAAGUUCAAUGUGAUUGUGCCAAAUAUAUUAGGUGCUUAUAUGGGGUCAUGCUAGACCUUUAUCAAGUAACUGGAAAACUUGCUUGAAGCCACAAUCUCAUAGUUAGUAGGAAGAUAGACGGUGAUUGAGUGGAGGGGAGAGAAGCUGUAGAACAAGUAUUUGGUGUUCUCAUUGAAAAUCUAACAUCUGCAGUAUUUUUCCUCCUCAUAACCUUGGAAACUCUCCCAGUUCAUUUCCAGUCAUAUUGUUAGCACAGUUCUGAAGGAUUUGUUCUUGCCAAAAUGAGUUUCAUUUUGUUAUGUUUAUGUUGGGUUGUUAAAUGUUGUCUCUUGACCCUUAAAUGCUCAGGUUCUUGUGGGUAUUAAUCAACCACACAAGGUUACCUUUAGGUAGAAGAGAAGGAUGACUGCUCAGGAUCUAAACAAGAUGGUGGCCUCACGAACCUUUAUUGAUUAGCCCCCAGUAGUUCAAGCUGAAGUCCUGUGGUUUUAUGUUUAAUGGCAAUAGCUGAUCAUGUAUGGCAUAAUUUUCCAUCUGGCUUCCUACUCAGUCAUCAUAAACACGAACUGAAAAUAGUUUUUUAUAUGUCCAAAUACCUGAAUGUGCUCAACUGGAGGCAAUUAUUUCUAGGUCGUAGAAUUUUUGAAAUUGGACAAAUUUUGAAAAGCAUGAUCAGCCACACAGCUGUUUUGUACAUCCUUGUUUUCUUGUGCACUUUUCUGUAUACAAAUAGACCUAUAAAUUUACUCAUUUCAAUAAACUGGAAUGGCCGAAUCUCAUGUGUUAGCAUCAGU